AUGCCGCGUGAAUUGUACGCGCUCAUUGGGCCUAGUACACCAGCUUUGUCUGCGCAACUCGCGAAACCGCGCCUGAAGCAGAAACCAAAUUUUGGCGGUACCGCUCCGAGGACAAAGUGGGAGCUGCGGACAUUUAAGAACCCCGCUCGAAAAGAUGGUCUCGAACUUCGCCAUUGGGAAAAGGUCGGCGCUGAUUCCGCAGCUGAUUACCCGUUCGCAAAGUACGACAUCCAACCAAACUCAUACCAAUAUUCCCCGGAGGAAUACACCCGCCUCCUUGAAGACAAGGACUGGACAAAGGAGGAAACGGAUUACCUGCUCAGUGUCGUGAAAGAGUAUGACUCUCGAUGGUACAUUGUGCAUGACCGCUACAACUUUCCGGGAGGCCAUGAACGGACAUUGGAGGACCUCAAAGACCGCUAUUGCAGCGUGUGCCGCAAGCUGAUACGAAACCGGCCAUGGGCAGGUGAUGAUGCGGGCAAGACCCUCCUCAUAUCAAGCUACCAGUUUGACAAAGAACGUGAGGUGACAAGGAAGAAGUACCUCAAAAGCCUCGAGGAUCGAACGCCCGACCAGAUGGCAGAAGAAGAAGCCUUAUACAUCGAAGUGAAGAGGUUGGAACAGAGCGAAAGGAGGUUCAAGAGAGACCGAGAGAAUUUGCUGAGAACGCUGGCUGGGAUCGACUCUGGACUGCCCGAUAUUGUGGAAGAUGACCCCUUGCCAUUGGCAAUCUUAGAAGGAAGCAAGACGAAGACGAAGAAAACUAAAGGUGUUGCAGAAGCUGAGAGUCCAGCGACCCCUGCAGCGGCCCCUGCUCCUACCGUCAAGAAGCCGAUAAAGAGUGCGGCAUACGAUGCUCAGCACUGUAUCAUUCGGACGGAAACACUAUCAGCAGCGAUUGCGACCAAGGCUGCCCAUCAACCUGCUUAUCUUCGUUCCUUCAAACUCCCUGCACCCAAGGCCGCCAUCGCACCCAAGGUCACGCAAGCUCUCGCUGAACUCGGUAUUUCGCACACUCGGCUGGUGAUGCCUACACGAGAGAACGCAUUACUGCUCGACAGCCUGAUAGAAGCAACGACGACCCUCGUGGAAACAAAACGCGCGUACGACAAGGCUGAAUACGAGAUACAGGUACUCGAGAACCGUCUGGGACUACGAGAGAAGAGCCAACCGGCUGAAGGAGCCGAAGGGAAGAUUGAAGGCGGUGCCGGGAUGGAUGUUAAUGAUGCUCAAGUAGGAAAAGAAGUAGAGGAGACAGAUGGAGAAGAUGGAAGGGCCCAGAGUAUUCUCAGUGCGAGGAGUGGUGGGAGGAGUAGGAAGCAUGCUCGACGCUCCAUGUCUAUUUCGUCGGUGGAUACUGUGUCCACGAGAGCCAACAACAAACGGCAGAAGCGUAAUUGA